CAAACCUGAAGAUGAUAAGGUUGAGAAACCUGAAGAUGAUAAGGUUGAGAAACCUGAAGAACCUCAAAGGCCUGGACAUGGUCCACCUCAAAGGCCUGGACAUGGUCCACCUCAAAGGCCUGGACAUGAUGGGGGACACCCAAGUAGGGGAUCAGGCCGAGGAGGUCUCAUCCCAAAGAGAUUUGCAGGCAGACCAGACAGAGGCAGCGAGCAGAAUCAAGAGGAGGAACAAUCAGGAGGCCAGAAUUCUGAGAAUUCAACCCGCAGUGCGGAGUCAGAUGGUGAGCAGUAUGAUCAGCAAAUAGAUGACCACCAGUCUCAGCUUGCUGAGGACCUGGAACUCGCAGCGAAGGAAGCCAGACAAGCAGCGUUCCGACUGCGCCGCGCGGCAGCUGCAGCGCGCAAGGCCGCCGCCGCAGCCCGUGAACGAGUGGAGGCAACCGGUUUUGAAGGCGGCGCUGAGCCCUCUCCUCCUACCAGCUCCACUAGUUCAGGGGACUCCGGCGCAGACAGCUCCGAUGAUAGGGAAGGACGAGGAAAUGAUUCGGCUGAGCAACAGGAGAGAAGCGGUCACCAGAGUUCCAACGGCGAGUCUAGCCGUGGGGCCCUGAGCCGCAGUCUCCGGGGAUAUCGCAUGUAA